AUGUCGGCCCUCUUCAACUUCCAGUCGCUGCUUCUGGUCAUCCUCCUUCUCAUCUGCACCAGCGCCUACGUGCACCAGAUCUUUCCGAGACUGCUCGACAGCCGCAAGCAUGGCCUGAUGGGUAUCUUCUGGAAGUGUGCACGGAUAGGCGAGAGACUGAGCCCGUACAUCAGCUUGUGUUGCGUCCUCAUGGCGGUCUCCGUUUUCGUCGGCAAUUAA